ACGCGUUUGAAAUCUCUCUCUCUCUCUCUCUCCAAAGAUUCCACCUACCUAUAUAUAUAUACAAUCUAUAUGCUACGUGUAUAUACGUCCAAUAUACUUCGUCGAACAGUUUGAUCGUCAGUGUUCGCCGGCGAAGAGACGAUCCAAUUUUUGGAUCUAUCCGAUUUUUUUUUCCUUCUUUUGUUGGUCAAUGAGGCCGUUCUCGAAGAACGAUCGGCGCCGGUGGUCGUUUGAUUCCGUUUCCGCCGGAAGAACCGCCGUCGGGAGUGCCUCUUCUUCUCCGGGAACUGAAUGUUCCAACGGUGGUUACGGUGAAGAGUUCGUCGAGGUUACGAUCGAUCUUCAGGACGACGACACCAUCGUUCUUCGAAGCGUCGAGCCAGCAACCGCCAUUAAUGUCGAUAUCUCCGAUGAAAUCGCUGUAGGAGGAGGCGGUUCGGCUUCGAUUUCGAGAUCUCCGACGAUGAAGCGAACCUCGUCGAAUCGGCUCCGGCAAUUCUCCCAGGAGCUCAAGGCGGAAGCAGUCGCGAAGGCGAGGCAGUUAUCGCACGAGCUGAAGCGAUUCUCAUGGUCUCGGUCUCUUUCCGGUACUUUAUCCGCCGCGAAUCAAAACGGCGGAGGAGGAGGAGGUGGUUUAGUGAACUCGGCUCUAGAGGCUCGAGCUUUGAGGAAACAACGAGCUCAGCUAGAUCGGACUCGGUCUAGUGCUCAGAGAGCUCUUCGUGGCUUGAGAUUCAUCAGCAAUAACAAUAAGAACGUCGAUGGCUGGAACCAUGUUCAAACCAAUUUCGAGAAACUUUCCAAAAACGGUUUCAUCUAUCGCUCCGAUUUCGCUCAAUGCAUAGGAAUGAAAGAUUCCAAGGAAUUCGCACUGGAGCUGUUCGACGCAUUGAGCAGGAGAAGAAGAUUGAAAGUUGAGAAAAUCAGUCACGACGAGCUUUACGAGUAUUGGUCUCAAAUCAACGACGAAAGCUUCGAUUCUCGCCUCCAGAUCUUCUUCGACAUAGUGGACAAGAACGAAGAUGGGAGAAUUACAGAAGAGGAAGUAAAGGAGAUUAUAAUGCUGAGCGCAUCUGCAAAUAAGCUAUCGAGAUUGAAGGAACAAGCAGAGGAAUAUGCAGCAUUGAUUAUGGAAGAGCUAGAUCCUGAAAGACUUGGCUACAUAGAGCUAUGGCAACUAGAGACUCUGCUUCUACAAAAAGACACAUACAUCAACUACAGUCAAGCAUUGAGUUAUACAAGCCAAGCAUUGAGCCAAAACCUUCAAGGGUUAAGAAAAAAGAGCAGAAUACAUCGAAUGAGCUCGGAUUGCGUCUACUUCAUGCAAGAGAACUGGAAAAGGAUAUGGGUUUUGUCCUUAUGGAUAUUGAUCAUGAUCGGAUUGUUCUUGUGGAAAUUCUUCCAAUACAAGCAAAAAGAUGCAUUUCAUGUGAUGGGUUAUUGCUUACUCACAGCAAAAGGAGCAGCAGAAAUACUUAAAUUCAACAUGGCUCUCAUACUUUUCCCAGUUUGUAGAAACACAAUCACUUGGCUCAGAUCCACAAGACUCUCUUACUUCGUUCCCUUUGAUGAUAACAUCAACUUCCACAAGACAAUUGCAGGAGCCAUCGUAGUAGCCGUGAUCCUUCAUGUUGGAGACCAUCUUGCUUGUGAUUUCCCAAGAAUUGUUAGAGCCACCGAGUACGAUUACAAUCGCUAUCUGUUUCAUUACUUUCAGCAAAAACAGCCAACUUACUUCGACCUCGUUAAAGGACCUGAAGGCAUCACAGGGAUUUUAAUGAUCAUUUUGAUGACUAUUUCAUUCACAUUAGCAACAAGAUGGUUUCGGCGUAACCUCGUCAAGCUUCCUAAGCCAUUUGAUCGUCUUACUGGUUUUAACGCCUUUUGGUAUUCUCACCAUUUGUUCGUCAUUGUCUAUAUCUUGCUUAUCCUUCAUGGUAUCUUCCUCUAUUUCGCCAAGCCUUGGUAUGUUCACACGACAUGGAUGUAUCUUUCAGUACCAAUUUUACUCUAUGGUGGAGAAAGAACACUAAGAUACUUCCGUUCUGGUUCUUAUUCUGUCCGACUUCUAAAGGUUGCUAUAUAUCCUGGUAACGUUCUAACGUUGCAAAUGUCGAAACCAUCUCAAUUUCGUUACAAAAGCGGACAAUACAUGUUUGUCCAGUGUCCUGCGGUUUCCCCAUUCGAAUGGCACCCUUUCUCAAUUACUUCAGCACCUGAAGAUGAUUAUAUCAGUAUUCACAUCAGACAACUUGGAGAUUGGACUCAAGAACUCAAGAGAGUAUUCUCUGAAGUUUGUGAGCCACCGGUUGCCGGUAAAAGUGGACUUCUCAGAGCAGACGAAACAACAAAGAAAAGUUUGCCAAAGUUAUUGAUUGAUGGACCGUACGGUGCACCAGCACAAGACUAUAGGAAAUAUGAUGUUCUCUUAUUAGUUGGUCUUGGCAUUGGUGCAACUCCAUUUAUCAGUAUCUUGAAAGAUUUGCUCAACAACAUUAUUAAAAUGGAAGAGCAAGCGGAUUCGAUCUCGGAUUUCAGUAGAUCAUCAGAGCCCAGCACAGGAAGUAACAGUGACAAUAAUACACCGAGACGAAAAAGGAUACUAAAAACCACAAAUGCUUACUUCUAUUGGGUCACAAGAGAACAAGGCUCCUUUGAUUGGUUCAAAGGCGUCAUGAACGAAGUCGCAGAGCUUGACCAACGGGGUGUAAUAGAGAUGCAUAACUAUUUGACAAGUGUGUAUGAAGAAGGCGAUGCUCGUUCUGCUCUCAUUACCAUGGUUCAAGCUCUUAAUCACGCCAAAAAUGGAGUCGACAUUGUCUCUGGCACUAGGGUCAGAACACACUUUGCAAGACCCAAUUGGAAGAAGGUUCUUUCUAAGCUAAGUUCCAAGCAUUGCAAUGCAAGGAUAGGAGUGUUUUACUGUGGAGUACCGGUUCUAGGCAAAGAGCUUAGCAAACUUUGCAACACAUUCAAUCAAAAAGGUUCAACAAAGUUCGAGUUUCACAAGGAGCAUUUCUAAAAGACAAGAAGGAAGAAACUAAAAGCCCCCCUAGAUUCUUUAAUAUCUCAUAUUUAGCCACUUAUAGUAUAGAAUCGAUCUCUUCACGCCCCUUUCCCCCAUAUAUAUACAUACUUUAAUUCAAAGUAAUUAGACGUUAACACGCUGUCAAAAGUGGGUGUGUUAACGUUUAAUUCCACACGUUCUUUAGGUCUAAUAUAUACACCGAGGCACACGUGUAAAUAUACGAGAAAAGGAAUAUAAAAGGGGAAGUUUGAUAGAAGCCUAUAGUAACUUCUUAUGUUAAAUAUUAGGGGGUUUUUUCUUAUCACGUGUAUAGCAAGCAAUGUGAUGAGGAGUGAUUCUAGAAGAGAAAGUGAGGGUUUGGUGAGAGAAAGAGACUGUAAUGUGUAAGCCGACGUCGUUUUCGGUUGUGGAGAAAGUGCCAUACAGCUGCAGGGAAGAGAGAGGAUGGAAGCAAAUAAUGCGUUGAUAAGGUCCAUGUGAUCAGGAAGAACGAAGACAUUUUUGGGGGAUUUUUUUUAUACGAUUUUUUAUUUUGCUAUUUAAAAAAUUAUCAGUGGAGUCGGGGGGAAAGAGAGAUCAGAGCUUCUAGAAUCUCGGGAGGAUAUUUGGGAAUAAUGGAAUGAUAAUAUUAUUAUUUAUGUAAGAUGAUGUGGUACAUAACAGAAAGUUUAGUAAUUACUAUUCCAUAUUU